AUGGCUUCCCCAUUCAAAGUCGAUGAUAGCACUAGGAGAUUACUCACGCUGGAUAAUUUCCUAGAUGGUCUGACCAUUGGCGAGUUUGUUGAGGAGCUGUCCAAGAACCACUCGUUGCAGGAUGAUGAGGUCAACAGUGUCAAAUACCUUGACCCCAAACCAUACAUACGGACGUUCGAAUCGGCAUUAAAGAUCUUGAAUCGUCUAAGUGAAGAGUCCAUACAGAAGAAGAGACAAGCUGAAAAAGAGGUUGAGAGAUAUGAAUUGCAACACUCCCAGAAUGUAAUGGCCGUGGCAGCAGAUUUUGAUAAAAUGACAACCCGAUUUGCUACGCUGGAUGACCAGGUUACCAGGGCUUCGUCGGUAAUUGUUCCGUUAGGCGAGAAACUGACAAAAGUCAACAGGUCAGGAGAACACUCCAAAUCCACUAUAUUUCUGAUUAAAUGCUAUAACGCAUUUCGGGAAACUGGUGAGCCCUCGCAGGAGCUGAAGGCUCUCGGUCAGAGCAGAAGUGUUGACGAUAGGCGUGCUUAUGCCAAGCACCUUUCUUCGUUGUCGUCGCUGGCCAAGAAGCUCCAAUCUGAUGAUCUACCGGGAUCCGAGCAGUCCACCAACACGAUUCAGAAAUACUCCGAGACGUUUGAGAGAGACUUACUUGAUGAAUUUCAUGAGCUUUAUCGUGCCUCUGACUUUAGACAAAUGAAGAACACUGCCGAUGUGCUGUUCACGUUCAAUGGAGGAUCGUCUGUGGUGCAAUUCUUUGUCAACCAACAUGACUUUUUCUUGAUAUCGGGUGAAAAAUGGCUUGAUAAUGACUCAAUUGCCAUGGACUCAGCUUUUUGGAAGAGAAUGUCCAAUUCAGACAGACAUGAUCUUUCUGUUGAUAGCGCCACAUCCAGUCUUAUGGAUGAGUUUGUGGAGGUGGUGAAGAGCGAGUAUCCCAUUAUAGGUCAGGUCUUCACAGACACGGCCACUGUAAUCAGUGCUUUUAUCUCCAGAUGUUACGUUCAGCUUAUUGAGGCGAGAUUCCAGUUCAUUCUUAAGACGGCAAACUCGCUGUCUGCUCUUACAUAUGUUCGGUGCUUGCAUGUGUUGUACGGGUGUCUUGGAUCAAGGACGAGAGUAUUGAAAGAUUACUUUGAUUCUCACUCCGAGAUUGCCGUUUCAGAACUUUUAGACCAGUUGAGCACAGACUUGUUCUAUGAGUACGUGGGUAAGAACAAGUAUUUUGAGGUUGAAAAAAGAAGCUUUGAGGAGGUUGUCUACUCAACCAUCUCCAGAUUCGAAAGCGAAAACGAAAAGUAUACCAAGAAUGAGAACCUGCGACAGCGGAUCAAGCAGUUCCAGAUACAAAAGACUUUGGAAACCCAAAUUCAAGCACAUGAAGCGCAGCCACUGCAUAUUGUGGAUGACUUAACCGAAGAGGAAGAGGAACUGGAAGGAAGAGAGUAUUUCACAGGAAAGACCAAAUCGUUCCUGCGAAAAUAUACGGGUCAAAACAGGAAGACCCAAGCAAAGAGGUUUGGAGGCUUAUCCACAUUCAUGAGGAAUCACUCUGAGAGAUCAUCGUCCAUAAGAGAUCGUCUCAAAACAAUGCAGAUACAACCCGAAAACGAAGAGCUUCCCAGCCUUCCAAACUCAAGCCCAAUCACAGCCACCGGGACACUUUCGCUUUCUAAGGUGGAUAAGAUACUCAAAUCGUGCGUGGAAUCACUCGCAAGAACCGUGGAGCUUGUUCCUUCAAAGGCAGCAGACUAUGGAAUAGAGAUUUUGGAAAUCUUGAUCAUGGGAAUUGGUAAGUCCUACGUCGCAGUUGGUCUGGAGGUAAGCUACACUCUGGGGGUGACAAAUCAACUGUCCUUGAAUUCGUAUUCACCUGUGAUAUUGGACCACCUAGCCAUCUUCAGAACGUGCUCGGACAUAUUGUUCCUGCUUUCUUCCUGCAUCCAGACUAUCAUUUUACCAUUGACUGCGAACUCGCCAGCCAAUAAGGCGAGAUUGGUGGACGUCACUAAUGGAUACCUAUUAAGAUGUGAACUUUCUCUGGAUUUGAUUUUGAGAGACACCGUCACCGUGAUAAUGAACCGUGUGUCCUCGUUACUCUCAAGACAACCAAGAAAGGAGUUUCUGGCCCAAGCAGAAUCUACCCAGGAUGAGACCGAAACUUGCGCUGCUGUUACGGAGUUUUUGAAGGAAUGUCAUCUGAAAGCCACCACCUAUCUACCGGAGGAUACUCUCAUUGAGCUGUCCAAGCAAAUGGGCGAAGGUCUACUGGGUCUUCUCUUUGAGCAUCUAAGAAAGUUCAAAAUAUCGACGAUAGGUGGUCUUACCCUCACCAAAGACUCUGUUCAUUAUCUCGCGAUGAUCAAUUCGUGGGGGAUUGAGUCGCUAACAGAGAACUUCACUGUGAUCAAGGAAGUGGCCAACCUCUUCUUGGUUUCGUCCGAUUUGAUCCAAUCCUUGGUGAAAGAGGGACAUCUGGCCCAAUUGAAGCCCAGUGUUAUAAGGCAACUUAUUGUGUUGCGUUCUGAUUACGAGGAUGCCUUUUUACAGGGUUUGUGA